CUGCCAUCUAUGGGGUCACACAGAGUCUGACACGACUGAAGCGACUUAGCAGCAGUACACUCCUCAUAGAGUGGGGAUGGGAGGGCACAGUACUUGAGACAUGAGCCUACUGUGUUCCCCUCUCCACUGGCUGAGAAUGAAAGCCAUGUUUCUAUUUCCUCUAAACUCUGUCUGUAUUUUUCAUUUGGCUUCUGUGGACAGAGAGAGCCAAGAUUUUGGCCAGUGACAAGAGUAUGCUUUGGUGUUCAAGUCAGUAAUACUGACUGAAGAGGGUAAACAGGAAAAUCUUUCCAUGCCAGAAAGCACAGAAGCUGGUUGGCCAACCAUAAUCCUGUGUGUUCUUAAUUCCUCCUGCCUGUUUACUAGCCAUGUUUACUGUCCCCUGCACAGCCAUGUGGCUGCACCUGGCAGUCCUCGGGGGCCUGUUCUACCUCCUGCGCUGGUACCUGGAGAGGCAGGUGCUGAGCCACCUCCAGGACAAGUUCGUCUUCAUCACGGGCUGUGACUCGGGCUUCGGGAACAAGCUGGCAAGGCAGCUGGACCUGCGAGGCUUGAGGGUCCUGGCUGGGUGUCUGACGGAGCAGGGGGCCGAGCAGCUGAGGAACCAGACGUCAGGCAGGCUGCAGACGGUGAUCCUGGACGUCACCAAGACUGAGAGCGUCGCUGCGGCCUCUGAGUGGGUGAAGGAGCGUGUGGGGGACAGAGGACUCUGGGGUCUGGUGAAUAAUGCCGGCAUCUCCACGCCCAUGGCACCCAACCAGUGGCUGACCAAACAGGACUUCAUGAAGAUUCUGGACGUGAACCUGUUGGGGAUGAUUGACGUGACCCUGAGUCUGCUGCCCCUGGUGCGGAAGGCGAGGGGCCGUGUGGUCAACGUCUCCAGCGUCAUGGGCCGGUUGGCGCUCUUCGGUGGAGGCUACAGCAUAUCCAAGUAUGGCGUGGAGGCCUUCUCGGACUCCCUCAGGAGGGAGCUCUGCUACUUCGGAGUGAAGGUGGCUAUGAUUGAGCCUGGUUACUUCAUUACCAAUAUGACCCAAGGUGGCAAUAUUCAUGAAAGUCUCCGGGCAUUGUGGAAUCAGACCAGCCCAGAGGUGAAAGAACUCUAUGGAGACAAUUUCAUUGCUGACUUCUUGAAGAUACUGAAUUUGCUGAAGCCACUGUGGCCUCAGAAUCUGUCCUUGGUGACCAACUGCAUGGAGCACGCCCUGACCGCCUGCCACCCCCGCACCCGAUACUCACCUGGCUGGGAUGCCAAGUUCCUCUAUCUCCCCAUGAGCUACCUGCCCAGUGUCCUGGUGGAUCUCAUGGUGUACUGGUGUUACCCUCAGCCUGCUAAGGCCCUGUAACCCAACACUGGGGUGCAUGAUGGGGGGUAGUUGGGUCCUGGGUGGGGAGAGGGUGCAUGGGAGGGAAAUAGAGUGGACAAGAGGCUUCUCAUAUCACCAGGACACCCAUCUCACCUCGCUCGCCACCUCCACCCCAGGCUUCUCUUGGGACAUUGCUUAGGAUUCAAGGGUAUUAGGAAGAAAGAGACAAGUUUUGUGGCCGAGGAGGUGAAGUCAGCAGUCCAGUCUCCAUUCUGUUCCUUGUGCCUUAUGACCCACAUCCAGCUGUGAAAAGCCGUAUUUUAGGGAGGGUGUGAGACACUGGGGUUCCAGCCCCCCUUGCUCUGCCCGUGUCCACCUCUUCACAUGUAUCUUUCCUAUACUCAGUCUCCUUCUUCCCCAGGAUAGAAAUGGGCAGGGGAGAUAAAGGCCCUCUUGCCUGAAGGUAUCUGUUGACAGUGGAGGGUGUCCAAGCCUAACCCAUCAGCCCAGUGCCAACUCAGUAGACCUCAGCCGGAAUAGGAUCCUGAAGAGGAAAUAAAAGCAAGAAUUUCCAUUGAUUAUUUUUUCCCUCAAAAUUAUAGUAGAAAAUUUCAACUACUCAAAUGCAUGCUAGAGCUUCAUGCUUAAUCUGAAGACUCCUGACUUUCAAUUUAUUGUUUACACACACACAUACAUACCCAAUAUCACAAAACCAACUGAUAUCAAAUAAAGCAUCAUUGAUUCACCUUAUGCCUUGGGGGUGCAUGUUCAGGAAGUUGGGACCCACCCCCAGAACUCCUCUCCAGAAUGUAGAGAGCUUCUGAGGUUACCAGGCCCUGGUCAUCUUGCUGGUCAUGCAAGUGGUGGGGGCAGGGCUUCACUGAGAUGGGUUCCAUGGCCAACUGUGUGGACUGUCACUCAAGGGCCCUAUCUCAGACAAGGCAGAGCAGCAAAUGCAUUGAAAACGAAGCACAGGCCUCCCUGGUGGUGCAGUGGAUAAUGACCGCCCUGCCAAUGCAGGUGACAGGGGUUUGAACACUAGUCCCCGAUGAACCCACAUGCCACAGAGUGACUGAGCCCAUGUGCCACCCCUACUGAGUAUGGGAUCCGAGAGCCCUCAAGUCACAAAUCCAGAGCCCGCAUGUUAUAAGUACUGAUGCCCAUGGGCCUGGAGCCUGUGCUCCACAAGGGAAACCACAGCAAUGAGCAGCCCCUGCUCUCUGCAACCAGGAAAAACCCAUGGAAACCAACAAAGACCCAGAUCAGCAAGAAAAACAAGUGCGAUGCACACCAUCCUGAGUCCUCAGCCUGGACUCUCAGAGAUCCCCAACCUCCUCUUCCAGGAUGCCUUCCUUGGGGGCAGAGCCAGGUUUGGUCUGAUGGACGUGAGCAGCGGCUGGAACCCGUGCCAGAGUCCACACAGCACCCACAAGGCAGUUUCCUCCUCCUCUGUGCUUCUGGAGAACAGGUUCAGUGACUCUCCACCGCAAAUAUCAUCUCCUCCACGAGUCAGACCCCUAGGAUGUGAAGACAGGCUUUGUCUGUCCAUUCUGGAGGCUCCCUCCAGCAGGGGGACGGCAGACAGGUGGGGCUGGAAACAGGUUGCACAAUUAGCCCUCACUCGUGGCCCCUUCCAGCCCCCUUGUGUUACCGAAGCCUCUCUCUCUUCAGAGGGCUCAUCCUGGGAGGAGAGGAGAGGGUGGGUGUGGAAUGCCCUGUGUCUGGACUGCGGUCCUCCUGAGAUUGGGAGAUCGCCAGUAGGGGGCGAGAGCCCCGCUCCCCAGCGUGUGGGCUUGACAGCUGCGGACUUGGAAUGUGGCCCCCCUGCGGCUCCCAGGACAGGGAUGCGGAGAUUUUUGCCAGUGAGUCUCCCUGAAAGACUUCUAGUUCUGGACCUUGCAGCUCCCAGGUGAGAGAGAGUCACCCCGGCGUCCUGUCUCCUCCUAUCCUCUUCUGACUUUCCUGUGGUUGUUCCCAGCCUGAAGCUCCCAAGACCCCCACAAUCAUCAUAUAACUUUCAGGAUUCACGAAAGGGAAGCUGAUGGUGUGAGGGCUGGGACGUGUCUGUUGCUUGGCCCCUUGGGAAUUUACGGUUGAAGAAAUUCGUGUUCACUGAGAAAAAAAGCUCCUGUUUCUUUCAAGUAAUAAACUUAUGACUGUA